AUGGGAUUUUUGAGUGGUGUGCUUAAGGAUGUCAGCGAGAAACAGCCUUACAGUGUGGGUAAAACAAUGCUAAAAAAUCUUGUAAGUAAUGAAAUUAACAAACAUCUUUGCUCAGGGCACGAUGGCUUUAAAAGGCUUUUCGAAAAGUUGCCCAAGGAAAUCGAGAAGUACAACAGAGAAGUGAGAGAGUCCAAUGAGAAAGUUAGUACGCCAAUUAAGAAACUACAAGAAGAGAUCAAAGAGCUCGAAAAACAGGUAAGUGAUAUAUUAAAUGAUAAUGCUGUUUCAGCUGAUUUUGAUGUCAUCGGCAAUGCAGUCUCCCAGGCCAUGCCCUUGGUGCAGAAGUCUCUUGAUCAAGGUGCUGCCCUUGACAAUAGCUUGAAGAACGUAAAUUUCGACAUCAUUGACUUAAAUGCUAAUUUGAGUGCUAGAGUUAUUAGUGCAUUGAAAUCUGUGAGGCAUGAGAAUAGGCAACUGGACGACCAGUCUAAAAAAGCGCUGGACGAUAGAGAAAACGAAUCAAGCUGUUCU